CCCACCGGAACCACAGAUGGUAAUCUGAUCUGUCGCUGGUCGUGCCCGCGCGGUUAAGGGGCGUACGCGCACUCCCGAGACACCAGGAAAUAUGGCGGCACUCAUGACUCUCAGUCAGUUGUCAAGUGGAAGUCCAGUCUACGAAAACUACUACAGACAGCUGGAUCCAGGAAACACAGGCAAAAUAUCUGCUGGAGAUGCAGCUCAGUUCCUUAAGAAAUCAGGACUGUCAGACAGUACACUGGGGAAGAUUUGGGAUUUGGCAGAUUUGGAAAGAAAAGGCUAUUUAGAUAAGAAGGGUUUCUUCAUAGCUUUGAGACUGGUGGCCUCAGCACAAGGCGGAAAUGAUAUCAGCCUGAACAACCUCAACCAAAAUUUAGCUGCACCCAAGUUUAACGACACUAACAGCCCAUUAUUAAGUGUUUCAACAACAGCACCUGACUCACAGUGGGCAAUAAGGUCUGAAGAAAAAGGGAAGUUUGAGGGCAUUUUUGAGAGUCUGUCUCCUGUAAAUGGCCUCCUCUCUGGUGAUAAAGUCAGGCCAGUUUUGAUAAACUCCAAGCUACCUCUGGAUGUUUUAGGAAAGAUUUGGGACCUAGGUGAUAUAGACAAAGAUGGGCACUUGGAUAAAGAUGAAUUCACAGUGGUCAUGCAUCUUGUGUAUCGAGCCAUGGAGAAGGAGCCUGUCCCAACUAGUUUACCUGCUUCCCUCAUCCCCCCUUCUAAAAGGAAGAAGUCUGCAGGUGGGCUACCAGGUGCUGUGCCUGUGCUACCUACUCUGUCUGGGCUUCCUGGUGGUCUGGGUCUUCUCAAAGAGACCUUGCGAAACACACCUCCUCUGGGCAGUGCUACUCCUGUCAGUACUGGUGCUGUCAACCUCUCUCCAAAACAAUCCUUCAGAUCCAGCUCACCGCCAGCAGUGAACUGGGUGGUACCGGUGGCUGACAGGGAGAGAUAUGAUGACAUUUUCAAACAAACAGACACCGACAAUGACGGCCUCGUCAGCGGCACUGAGGUCAUAGAGAUCUUCAUGCAGUCCAGUCUCUCCCAGACAAUGCUGGCACAGAUAUGGGGAUUAGCUGACACUAAACAGACAGGAAAGCUGACUCGGGAGCAGUUCUCUCUGGCCAUGCAUCUGAUCCAGCAGAAGGUCACUAAAGGUGUGGACCCACCCUCCACUCUCACUCCAGACAUGAUUCCCCCCUCAGAAAGGACUGCAGCAUCAGUGGUGGGUCCCGUGAGUUCUGACUAAACAUCCGAGGGUAAAGGAGAAAUAACAGAAUGUGUUACUUGCGUCUUUUGCUCUUCUCCCACUUUUUCUGCCUAUAGGGAGAAAUUCAUCCUGGAGCAGGAGCUCAGGAUAAAGGAGGACACCAUCAGGCAACAAAACAGUGAAGUCCAGGACCUGCAGAAUGACUUGGACAGGGAGAGCAGCAGCCUGCAAGACCUAGAGUCCCAGAAGCAGGAUUCCCAGGAGCGUCUGGAGGAGAUGGACCAGCAACGCUCCAAACUCGAGGGAAUGCUCAACGACAUCAAGCAGAAGUGCCAGGAAGAGUCCCAGACGAUCUCUUCUCUGCAGAGCCAGAUCAGCUCUCAGGAAACCAACCUCCGGAGCCAGGAGGACGAACUGAGCCGAACCAAGGCGAACCUGAGCCGGCUGCAGGAGGAGGAGGCCCAGCUGGAGCAGAGCCUGCUCUCUGGUCGCGUCCAGCUGGACAGCAUCAUAAAGUCCCUCAAAACCACCCAGGAAGAGAUCAGCCAGGCUCGCAGUAAACUGUUGCAUAUCCAGGACAGCCAAAAAGAGGUGACCAAGACCAUUGAGCAGUACAACAGCGCUUUGAGUGACAUAAACAGAGGAAACUUGAGCAACCUGCCAGUGUUAAGUGAAGGGCUCGCUGAGAAGGAGAGCGGAGGUUUCAGAAGUGCGAAUGAUGCUUUCAAGUCAAAGAUCGCCAUGUUUAACAGCAGUAGUGCUAAGGAGCUUCCAGCAGACCCCUUCCAGACAGAAGACCCCUUCAAGUCCGACCCCUUCAAAGAUCCAUUUGGAGAAGACCCUUUCAAAGAAAGUGAUCCUUUCAAAGGCACGUCAUCGGAAGACUUUUUUAAGAGGACAGACAAGUCUGACCCAUUUGGAUCAUCAGACCCUUUUGGUAGAAAACCCACUCCGCCAGUGAAGCCAGGUGCCCUCAACAGGAGCGACCCAUUUGCAUCAACCAGCCCAAAACUAAAGGAUUCAGAUGUGUUUGGGACAGUGGACCCUUUUGGAAGCAAGGGGGGUGGAUUUGCCGACUUCAGUCAGAUGUCAAAGAAGUCAGACACCCCUGUGCUCCCAUCAAAGAAACCUGUGCCUAACCGGCCUGCACCCCCCUAUGUAGGUAUGCUCAGUUUGGGUGCAUCAGAGCCGUUCCAGAGCGUUUGCCCCACAGCAAACAGUACAGACUCUUUUGUUCCGACACACACGAGCAAAGCAUCCAAAGACUCUCCUGUGGGUUUAGCAGACUUUGGCUCUGAUCUGAACAUGUUAAGUUUGGAAGUGAGAGGCAGCAGCUGCAGUGGGCCAAGUGGGAGAGCGAGCGUGAGGAGCAGGAGAGGCUGAGAAGGCUGCGACUUCAGGAGGAGCAGGACCUGGAGCUUGCCAUUGCUCUCAGCAAAGCUGACAUGCCCAGCGCCUGAACAGGCAUGCCCCACCACAGCUUUUAGUCCUCUUCCUUCUGCCUUACAGUCCUCCAUUCACAGGCUCAUGACGGCAGCAUCAACACUGGCCCAACCUGACUAGCAGCCCCUGUUACCAGUUUGUUUUAAUGACCAGUGGUUCUCCAGCUAUGACAGGGCUCAUGUCAGAUGACUCCAUAUUUAGCAACCAGUUAGGGUUAGUUGCUCCCAAACUACACAGAAACUACAAUCAGGGACAAUAUGGAGUCACUUUAUGUAAGCCUGGUUUCAUCCUGCAAGAACAUAACAGUUAAUGCAACCUGCACCAACAGGGUACUUGAAUACAACCAUAUCUUGUUAUGGCUAAUCACCCUGCCUUAUCCAAAAGCCUGUUUGUUACCAAAAAACCCAACCUUUUAAGAAUGUUUUAGUUUUAUUUAUAACAAAAACAAUGAAUUGUGGUAUAUGAAGUACUCGUAAAGUGUGCCGUUUUAUAAAAUCUUUAAUUACUUAGAAAAUUUCAUAUUAAAAAUCAAACCAUACAAGGUAACUACUGUUAGCCUGGCAUUGAGUUUGUCUAAUUCCAAAUAUUUUUGUUUUGUUUUUUUUCAAAGAAAC